AUGUUAGAGAAAACAGCGAUAAAAGCUAAAGAAAAGAGAGCAGAAAAAGAUGGAAAAAACGAUGAAAAGAAAUAUAAAUGGAUGGAUGAUAUCGAAACUUUUAAUUUGGAAGCUCAUAUUUUCUUUGAUGAUGCUUUCGACGAGAAUAAACUGGGACAUGUCAACAGUUUUGUAAAGACUUUGAUAGAUGUUUUUCAAGAAGUGAGAGGUCAAUUUAAAAUGGAAAACAGUCACCUACCUCGUGACUCGUCCGAUGAUAAUCUAGAAGAGUAUUUCAGAACUCCGUAUGGAGGUAGAAUGCACUGGAAGCUACCAUACGGGAACACAAUAAUUGUUCAUCUAAAGGACAAACAGAAAAUAAGACGGAAAAAACGUUGGAGUCAGAUUAUGUAUCUAUAUUACAUUCUUGAUUGGUGUUUGACAAAAGAUUUCGAGGGAACGAAAGGUUCAAAGGAAGAAACUAGACAUAUUAAAAAAGAAGCAAAGAAAUCAUAUAUAUUGGUAUUGGAUGGAGAUGUCGACUUUGAACCAGAGGCUGUGUUGAGUUUAAUGAGACGAAUGAAAAAAUCUAACCUUGUAGGUGCAGCGUGUGGGAGAAUCCAUCCCAUUGGUUCUGGUCCUAUGGUAUGGUAUCAGAUGUUUGAGUAUGCAGUGAGUCAUUGGCUGCAGAAAGCAACAGAGCAUGUCACCGGUUGUGUUUUAUGCAGUCCUGGCUGUUUCAGUCUGUUUCGGGGUUCUGCAAUAUUGAAAAAUAAUGUUCUUGAGAAAUAUACCAAAGAAGCAUCAACUGCAGCACAGCUUGUCCAAUAUGAUCAAGGUGAAGACAGAUGGCUAUGCACUUUAGUGUUAAAACAAGGAUGGAAGAUAGAAUAUUGUGCAGAGUCAGAUGCAAAGACGUUUGCUCCUGAAGGUUUUACUGAUUUCUACAAACAACGACGACGAUGGACACCGUCAACGUUAGCAAACAUAAUUGAUCUGAUUCUUGACUGGAAAAAUUUAACAAAAAACAAUGAAAAUAUAUCAAUGUUAUACAUCAUUUAUCAAGUUUGUCUUCUCAUAUCUACCUUGAUAACACCAGGAACAAUAUUUAUGCUCAUUCUCGGCGGUAUUAUUGUUGGAUUUGACGUUAUCCCUCCUUGGCUAGCACUGGUUUUAAAUAUAGCCCCUGUUGGCAUUUUUCUACUUAUGUGCCUGUACACUUCAGAAGAAAGACAAAUACAGUUUGCUGCAAUUUUAUCAUCCAUAUAUUCGCUUGUUAUGGUGAUUGUUUUGAUUGGCGUGAUACAAGAGGCAGUUGAUGAGGGAUGGUGUUCUAUUACUGCUAUAUUCCUUCUUUUUGUGGCUGGAGUUUUUAUAGUAGCCACGCUCCUACAUCCUAAAGAAUGGUAUUGCCUACUUCCAGGAUUACUAUAUUUUGUUGGAAUUCCAUCAAUGUCAAUGCUUAUGGUUUUUUAUUCACUUGGCAAUCUUCAUAAGAUAUCAUGGGGAACACGAGAAACUGAGAGUGAUGUAACUGAUAGAAAUAAAAAUCUGAAGGAAGAAAAUGGAUAUUUCUGUAACUUUGGUAAUUUCAUUACCUGUAUGCUAUGUGCGGAUAACACCUACCAAAAAGCAGAUUUCCUGAAGGCUAUUGGACAGACUAGAGUACAUCAUAUAGAUCAAUAUAAAACCACAUCCACUCAGACAGAUCAAGUGCAUAAUCAAGACAUACCAAGUGAUACCACAGAAGAAAGAAAAUAUCCAGUAUUUGACGAAUCAAUUGAUGAAAUUCAUAAUACAGAGAAAGAAUUUUGGGAAAAUAGAAUACAAAAAUGUUUAAAACCACCAAAGGAAGAUAAGGACCGCGCUGAAAACAUAAAGCGAAAAUUAUUUAUCUGCAUGGUGUACCAUAGGUUUUCUACACUUGUGCACAUAACUGCCAAUACGCCUGUCUGGGAAAAUGAGGAAUCCAAACUUCGGAAAAUAUUUGAAAAUGUUGGACAAUAUAUGACAACAAAUAACCAAGAUCCCCCAAAAGAAUCAGCAGCAGCGACAGAUAAAAAUAGAAUAGUGGAAACGGUUUCAUUUCAAGAGCCUAAAGUAAAAAGCAUGAAACGAAAGGCAAAGGAUUUAAAGAAGGCAAAAGAUGAGUAUAUAGAUAUAGCGGCUGACAUUUGGUUAGAGCAAUUGAGACGAGAAAAAAAGCAAAAGUCGGAAGAAAUUCCUGGUCCAAGUGUGAAACGUGAAUAA